AUGAGAGAAGAAUUACCUACAACAAAUGAAUGUGGAUUAAUUAAUUUAAAUAAUUCUGAUCAAGAAGGAUCGCAUUGGGUUGCAUGGAUAAAACAUGAAAGUUUAAAAAUUUAUUUUGAUUCUUAUGGUAAUGCUAAUCCUCCAAAAGAAUUACUGAAAUAUUUAAAAGAAAAUAAUCUUAAAAUAACAUCUAGAAGAUUUCAAGACUAA